AGGAAUGACCAAAAUAAAGAUGAAUAACAAAAAGAGGAAAAGUGAGAAGAGCUCCAAGAAAAAGAAGAAGAAGAAGAAGAAGGUCUUGAAGAGCAAUGAUUCUAGUAAAGCUUUAUCUCUUAGCUGGCCUGGUGCUUUAAAGGGUGCGCUCAAGACAGAGAGUCCGAGAAAAGAUGGAGAGAAGGAGGAGGAUGGCGAGAAGGAGAAGGAGAGUUGCUUGACCGAUGGUGAGGAAUCAAAGUCUUCAGGACAGAGAAAGUCUAGGAGGUCAUGCAAGGGUCAACUUUAUCGCAAGCUUGUUGAUCAGGGAAUGCUGGAGUCAUUGCAACGGCCUGAGAGACCAUUCAACUGCAAGAAAGCUUGGCGUCAUAGUAACGAGGGAAUGAGUGGUUUCAGCGAUGCUGAGGAUGAAGUAUUCCAACCUGAGGAUGGGAAAAAGACUAGAAGGCCAAGGAAAAGAACAAACAGUGGAUCUAGUCUUACAUGCUCAGACUUUGACUAUGGUGAGAUCAACGUUGAAGCCAGACUAGCCACGCUGCCUCAGUAUGCUCCAGAACAAUUCAGAACAAAGAAGAACUCUGGCUUGAAGUCUAAGAAGACAUCAGACAUCUACAAAAAUGCUAAGUUUAUCAAAGAGAGGGGAAAGAGUAAAGUGAUGAGGUCGUUGUCUUCCACUGAGAUGACCAUCAGCGGUAGCGGGAAGAGAAAGGCAAGGAAAUCAUCCAUCAUGCACCUCCUUCCAACUAAAGAUUCUCUCAGCACUACCGGCCCAAUGCAGUCAUCACCAUCAGCUCACACAGAUGACAUAGUAAUAGGAUCUAAGGUCAAGAGGUCAAAGAGUGACCCCCAACCCUUCACCCUAUCUGACCUUGCAGAGGUCGCUUCCAUGGAGCUCAAACCAUGCAGCUCUGCAAGCACAACAUGUACUCCUGGUUCUCACAUUGAGAGACCCAACCUCUGUCUUUCGGCAGUCACAGUCUCCUAACUCAACGUCACAAUGACAGCAUCACUGUCACAGUCUCCUAACUCAACGUCACAAUGACAGCAUCACUGUCACAGUCUCCUAGCUCAACGUCACAAUGACAGCGUCAAUGUCACAGUCUCCUGACUCAACGUAACAAUGACAGCGUCAAUGUCACAGUCUCCUGACUCAACGUCACAAUGACAGCGUCAAUGUCACAGUCUCCUAACUCAACGUCACAAUGACAGCGUCAAUGUCACAGUCUCCUAACUCAACGUCACAAUGACAGCGUCAAUGUCACAGUCUCCUGACUGAACGUCACAAUGACAGCGUCAAUGUCACAGUCUCCUGACUCAACGUCACAAUGACAGCGUCACUGUCACAGUCUCCUAACCCAACGUAACAAUGACAGCGUCAAUGUCACAGUCUCCUAACCCAACGUAACAAUGACAGCGUCAAUGUCACAGUCUCCUGACCCAACGUAACAAUGACAGCGUCAAUGUCACAGUCUCCUAACCCAACGUAACAAUGACAGCGUCAAUGUCACAGUCUCCUAACUCAACGUCACAAUGACAGCGUCACUGUCACAGUCUCCUAGCACAACGUCACAAUGACAGCGUCAAUGUCACAGUCUCCUGACUCAACGUCACAAUGACAGCGUCACUGUCACAGUCUCCUAACCCAACGUAACAAUGACAGCGUCAAUGUCACAGUCUCCUAACCCAACGUAACAAUGACAGCGUCAAUGUCACAGUCUCCUGACCCAACGUAACAAUGACAGCGUCAAUGUCACAGUCUCCUGACCCAACGUAACAAUGACAGCGUCAAUGUCACAGUCUCCUAACCCAACGUCACAAUGACAGCGUGAAUGUCACAGUCUCCUGACCCAACGUCACAAUGACAGCGUCAAUGUCACAGUCUCCUAAUUCAACGUCACAAUGACAGCGUCAUUGUCACGGUGAAAAGAUUCUGCCCAGGUUCACGCUGUAAGAUUAUGAAAACAACACAGAUGUGGAGAUCAGGUGCAGAUGCUUUAUUAUAGUUUGUGUGGUUUCCAACUGGAGUAAAGAUCAGCCUUACGGGAAGACUAGUAGAUAGCCAAUCAAAUACCGGUAUGUUAUCAUCUGCUAGUAGUUCUUUGAAACCUUCCAAACCAUUGGAAGCCUGAUGAAUGUUGCAUCUGAAGACAAAAUGAUUGAUUCCUCAAAGACACUCAUGUCCUCUCGUUUUUGUUGUGACAAAUGAGAAGCACUGGAAUGGAUAAAUUACACCUCAGUAUAAAGAGCUCUGAUGUCUUAAUAAUAAUAAUAAUAAUAAUAAUAAUAAUAAUCUUUUAAAGUCCACUCCAAAUUUUAUUAAA